UCUCAAGGUCUAACAUUAAAGUUUCCAGAAAUAAAACCCUAGGCGGUAAUUCGCCCACCGUAAAGCACAUCUCACAUCACCCCGCAGUUUCCACCGUUUAUCUCUGCAUCCAACGGUUGUAGAAGAGUCGCCCUCGUGCUUAUCAACCCGCUCACUUCGCCAAUCUUCACACCUUUUCUGGAAACGUAUUCCUAUCUGUAGAAACAUGUCCCAACUUGCAGAAAUCCCUGUCUCCUAAGCCGAUAUCUUGGUGAAUUAGAACUUCGUUGUAGUGUAUAGCUCUGCUUUUCAAACUGACAUACUUGUAAUUUAAAAGGAAAAACGAAAUUUUUACGAGUUUCGUGCUCUUUGAAAGUGAAAUAGUAGUGAAAUUGAACUGAAGCUUCAAAAGCUGCAGGAUUUAAGGGUUCUUGAUACAUUUGUGUAUCAGUUUGGAAUGAUUACUGAUACCUAUUCGAAAAUGUUGUCGGAUGUCGGAAUGCGAUCAAUGCCGGGAGGGAUUGACGAUGAUUACAGAGAAGGCAUUGACGUGUUAUGGAGAGAGCAGUGGAAGCGGGUCACAGAGGAAAGUGCGCAAGAGCUACAGCGGGAGCGUCAGCUAGAGAGGGAGCGAGAGCUUAGUGCUUUGCGGAGUGGUUCAGCUCCCCCGACGGUCGAAGGAUCCUUGAGCGGUUUUAGAGGUAAUUUAUACAGCGGAGGCGGCGAUGUUUAUGGAGUAUCGGAGGAGGAACUGAGGUCGAGGUCGGAUCCGGCCUACAUUUCGUACUAUUACAAGAAUGUGAAUCUGAACCCUCGGCUUCCGCCCCCAUUGCUGUCCAGGGAGAUUUCGCCUCUUGCACGGAAGGAAUGGGGAGCAGAUGGGCUUAUAGGAUUGCCAGAGUUUAGCUUAGGGCGUCAGCGGAAAACUAUGACCGAGGCGAUUCAGGAUGAUAUCGGUUUCCCAAAUCCAACCAGUCAUGCAGCUGAUGUUGCUGAGGCUUCCGAGUCACAAUUUAUGCAUUCAUCUCAAAAUGUUGUUUCAUCCAGUACUUCUCGCACUUAUGCUUCUGCAUUGGGCGCUUCACAAUCGAGAAGUGCCACUUCUGAUCUUAGACGCAUUCAAAACUUAUCAAAUGACAUGCCAACGUGUAAAGCUGAUGCCACAGAUUUGGUUGCUGGUUUGUCUGGCUUAAGUCUGUCUGCAAAUAACAUGCCAGUAGGUGAAGGGAGCCAUCCAAAGUAUCAAAUGGAUCAUCAAACUGACAAUCAGAGGAACUUCAUGAAUUUGCUGAAUGAACAGAGCCAUGUCAGGGAACAUCCACCGUUCUCGGGUUAUGCCGUUGGUGGUUAUGGCAUGAAUACUUCAUCACCGUCCAUGUUGAAAAACCAGCAAAUGGGCCUUAACAUGCCUAGUUCAUAUGAUUCUUUUGCUUCUGGCACAUCAAUGAGUGCCUCUGGAGUUAAUUUUCAAGAAAUGGGGGGUGGUUUCAACUUGGGACCUAAUUUUUUAGCUUCUAAUCUCUCCAGAGGUGGGACUCAAAGCAUGGGAAGCUCAGUGCAAAAUCAACCGAUGGAUCCCUUAUAUAUUCAGUCCUUGAGAUGUAGGGAAUUUGCUGCAUUUAAUGACCCAGCACUUAAUCGCGCAGCUAAUGGAAAUGCAUAUAUGGAUUUGCUUGAACUUCAGAAAGCUUACAUAAGUGCGUUCCUUGCCUCACAGAGGCCACAGUAUGGCCCUGCUUGCUUUAGUCGAAAUGGGGGUUUAGAUCAUCAGGGAUACUAUGGUGGUAUAUUCCCUGGUAGCCCUCUGGCAGGUCAAGCUCUUCCAAGUUCCCCUUAUGGACCUAGCAGUCCUUUCAGGGGUGGGGAAAGGAACAUGCGCUUUGCAUCAGGAAUGGGUAAUAUAGCGUGGCAAUCUGAUCCAAUUUCUAAUAUCGAGGGAAGUUUUGUAUCCUCAUUGUUAGAUGAGUUUAAAAUGAAUAAAACUAGAUGUUUUGCAAUAUCAGAAAUUGAAGGUCACAUUAUUGAGUUCAGUGGUGAUCAGUACGGAAGUCGAUUCAUUCAGCAAAAACUUGAAACCGCUACUGUUGAUGAGAAGCAUAUGGUGUUCGUAGAAAUCAUGCCUCAAGCCUUAUCCUUAAUGACUGAUGUUUUCGGUAAUUAUGUGGUGCAAAAGUUUCUUGAACUUGGAAGUGCAGCUCAGAUUAGAGCGUUGGCUGACAAACUAACUGGGCAUGUUCUGGACCUUAGCCUUCAAAUGUAUGGCUGCCGAGUCAUCCAGAAGGCUAUAGAGGUGGUUGAGCUGGACCAAAAGACAGCUAUGGUCUCAGAGCUUAAUGGUCACAUCAUGCGUUGCGUUCGUGAUCAGAAUGGGAAUCAUGUAAUCCAGAAGUGCAUUGAAUGCAUUCCCGAAGAUGCUAUUCAAUUUAUGAUCACCAAGUUUUAUGAUCAAGUUGUGACUUUGUCGACCCACCCAUAUGGGUGUCGGGUGAUACAGAGAGUCUUGGAACAUUGCCAUAGUUCUGAAACCCAAACAAAAGUGAUGAAUGAGAUUUUACAAUCUGUUAUCAUGUUGGCACAAGAUCAGUAUGGGAACUACGUUGUUCAGCAUGUACUGGAACAUGGAAGGCCAGAUCAACGGUCUGUUAUAAUUGGUAUGCUGAUGGGCCAUAUAAUUCAGAUGAGCCAACAAAAGUUUGCCUCCAAUGUUGUGGAGAAGUGCUUAACUUUUGGAACACCCGAAGAGCGUCAGCUCUUGGUGAAAGAGAUUCUUGGCUCUGCUGAUCAAAAUGACCCUCUUCAGGUGUUGAUGAAAGAUCAGUUUGCAAACUAUGUUGUGCAAAAAGUGUUGGAAACUUGUGAUGAUCACCAACUUGAACUUAUCCUGGACCGGAUAAAGGUUCACUUGAAUGUUCUGAAGAAAUAUACUUAUGGAAAGCAUAUAGUUGCGCGUGUAGAAAAACUUGUCGCCGCUGGAGAGAGGCGGAUAGAGUUUCUGUCAUCAUACCCGGCAUCAGGUCAGAUGGCAUAGAAAGAAAACUGUACAGGUAAAAGAGGGCUUAGACAGAGUGUCCCUUUUCUCGUGUUCUUUAUUACUCUGUAUAAUGUUCAGGCUUAGACAGUCCCAUAGAUCAGAGUGAAUGUUACUAGGAAUAACAUCUGAGGUAUGAUUGUAACUUAAAAAACAACUGUAGAUUUGUUAAAAUAUUCAGGAUAUACCUGUAACAUAGAAUGGCAGGCUGAGAGAUAGUAAAACAGUCUAUGGCCGGCCCCUGCAAGGAGAGCUUAAAGGUAUAUUUGUAAAAGUUGUAAGGGUGUAAACAAAAAGUAGGAAACCUGUAGGGGUCUGUGACAGAAAUUGUUAGCUCCAGGCGUUUCCUGAGUAUGGGUUUAUAUUUUACUUAUGUAAUAACUUAUGUUUCAUAAGGCAACCUUUUUUCUGAUACCUUUUAUGGAAUAUUAUUGUUACAUGGUAUAUCAGGGAUAUUAUUGAAUAUUGAUUUGAUGUUCAUGUGUGUAAUCCUUGUACACG